GUAGUCACACGGCCGGGUCGACGCGACGGUCUAGUAUCAGAACAAGCUCACGCACCAGUCUCUUGACUUGGAAGUUGGAUUCUGCUUCGAGACUCUGUUGAAAAAUCUACGGAGUGGAAAGGCGGCAAAAUGGGCAAACGUGACACAAGAGUUGUAUGCAUUACUCAAUUCUUUUGUCAGGCGUAUGUUAACCCAAUAGCCGCAGCGAGAGCCUCGGGGCCCACACAGCAAUCAGGACCCUCCAUAAGGGACUACUUGAACAGACCCAGACCAACAUGGGAGGAAUGGAAGGAUAUGAUGAGCAAGAAACAAGGAGGAUCCAACACUUUGGCUGAGUGGGAGAAAAACAUGAGUGAUCAAUUCAGAGACGAGCUGAAGAAACACAGAGAGAAGGUGCUGAACAAGUCAAAGAAGAAGAAGAAAGAGAAAAAGCGAUCUAAGAAGAAGAAACAGGAGAGGUCCUCCUCCCCUUCCUCUUCCUCAUCUUCAUCAUCGUUGUCUGACAGUGAGCAAGAUGCAGAAACAGAGACAAGAGAUAAAAGAAGAAAGAGCAAGAAGAAGAAGAAGCAAAGAAAGCGACGACAUGACUACAGUUCCUCAGAUGAUGAAAGCGAUGGACCGUCGACAUCCCACUCAGAGAAGAGAAAAAAAUCAAAAAAACACCGCAAGCGCAAGAGGAGACGAAGAUCAGACAGUGAUGAUGAUAACUGAAUCAUGCUUAUUUCUUGCUGAGGCUGUAUCAGCCAGGCUUUUGUGCAUGUAUUUGCUCAAUUUUUUAGCGCUGCUAAGCACACAAUUUGUCUGCUAAUAGAGCCUAAAAAAGUUUUCAAUUUUACGGAGACCCUCAGCAGUCAGCACAGAAAUAGGCAUGCUGACCUUGGAAUAAACAAUUUGCUUGAAGCCCGGUUCAUACUCCACGCGAAAGCAAGUGCGAAGCGAAAUUCAUGUCGUCAACAAUGGUGGACGCGCUUUGAACGUAUUGUUGAUGUCACGAAUUUCGCCUCGCUUUCGCGUGAAGUAUGAACCGGGCUUAAGUUAGUAAAUGUAAUAUCCAGCUACUACGGUUUGAAGUCAUUACUGGUGUCGUUCUUAACAUUGAGAUGCAUAUGUGAUUUCUGCAACCCCAUUGGUCAAAGUUGCAUUGAGUGCAUGCCAGCAUAGUAACAAUAAGUAAUGGUUUUUCUUUGUAGUCCUUGGAUUAGGGCCCCCCCCCCAAAAAAAUC